CGUCACGGCGGCUCACAAUCUGUCACAAACGACUGGUCGUAGGGUCGCACCGGGGGGGUCAAGUAGCGUAACCGGCCUUGCAAGAGUGCACAGCUUUGGAGAACAGGGCCUUUUUCGUGAAACGGAAGGGGGGACAGAAGGGAAGCUCCGUCUCUUUGCUCGUCCUUUUUCGCGCGCACUCCAAGCAGAGCAGACGAGGCGCCCCAUACCAUCGGCCACCAUGGUUCUCUCUAACGAUAUUGACUUGCUACACCCUCCAGCGGACUUGGAGAAGAGGAAGCACAAGCUUAAGAGGCUGAUUCCUACUGCUAACUCUUUCUUCAUGGAUGUCAAGUGCCAGGGUUGCUUUAACAUCACGACUGUGUUUAGUCACUCUCAGACCGUCGUGCUGUGCGGGAGCUGCUCCACGGUGCUUUGCCAGCCGACCGGAGGCCGGGCACGCCUAACCGAGGGUUGCUCGUUCCGGCGAAAGGGCGAGUAAGCAGCAGGCCAAGAAGCAUGUAAGAUAACCUGGUAGCGGAGUCGUUGAUGGGGACAAUGCUUGGACGUGAAGGGGCCCAAAGUUGCGGGACAGCGCGGAAAAUGGAGCAGCUGCAAUUGGAGCGAGAGAGCGGGCGAGGCGGCCCCCCAGGGGGGGUAAGGCCAGAGAGGGCUUUGUUGUAUAGGCGCCUGAGGGCUCUGGAUGGCGGGGUCAGGGUCAGGCGGGGAUUAGUUUGUAGGGAGCAUGGGCCAGGAGCGGUUUAGACGACCUCUCUGGAUGGCAGGUAGAGGGAAGGAUGACAAAGACGCUCCAACCUUGGGACCAUGCAAACACAGUUAAGCAAGGUUCGCAUCAUCCAAGCCGUGUUGUGCAUCACGUUUUGCUUUUGCCGUAUGGUGCUCCAAUUCUUUGCCGCAUGAGAG